UGUGUCAAUGCUUGAAGACGUCCGCGGUCUCACCCCGACUCGAUUCACCCUUUUAACGGGUUUAGCCAGUUAUUACUUCACUUUUCUGUUUUUCGGGUGUGUGCGAGAAGAGCUGGGCUGCUCGUCGAAGCCGUCUGGCUGAAGUUUCUGAGAGUUUGGAAGUCUUCAGGAAGUGCGCCUCUUGGAAACAGAUGCUCGCCGGCACGGAGCUGUAGAAGUCCGCCAUGAACCCGCACACCCUGUCUCUGAGAGCCCUGCUCCUCCUGGGGCUCUGGCACUCUGGGAGGAGAAGUCUGGCCUCAGCCCCAGAGCUGCAGGAUCAGCCCAAGAAGAUAGCUGUGAUUGGAGGAGGCAUCGGCGGAACAGCAGCAGCGUUUUACCUGAGAGAGGAGUUCGGACCCGUGGUGAAGAUCGAUGUGUUUGAAUCUGGCUCCGUUGGCGGGAGGCUGGCGACAGUGAAGAUGGGAGAUUAUGAGUAUGAGACUGGAGGCUCGGUGAUCCAUCCUCUGAACCUGCACAUGAAGCACUUCAUUGAAAAAAUAGGUCUUCCCCCGAGGAAAGACCUCCCUUCUAAAAUGGCCAUCUUCGAUGGGAAGGAGCUGGUGUUUGAAGAGAGCAACUGGUUUAUAAUUAACUUCCUGAAAAUGCUCUGGCGGUAUGGGCUAAACUUUAUUCGAAUGCAGAUGUGGGUGGAAGGUGUUUUGGACAAAUUCAUGAGGAUCUACCAGUACCAGCAGUAUGGCUACUCCUUCUCCAGCGUGGAGAAGCUCCUGCACGCCAUGGGUGGCGAUAGCUUUCUGACUUUGAUGAAUCAGACCCUGGAGGAGGCCAUGCUGGCAGACGGAUUCUCACAGGUCUUCCUCAAUGAAAUCGUGGCUCCAAUAACCCGAGUCAACUACGGCCAAAGCGUUCGCAUCAACGGCUUCGUGGGUGCAGUGUCGCUCGCGGGGGCAGAUUCAGGCCUGUGGGCAGUGGACGGGGGUAAUAAGAGGGUGUGUUUAGGACUGCUGUACCACAGCAGAAGUGAGCUCAUCUCUGGAAAAGUGACUUCCAUUUCAUACAAGGUCCGACCGUCCAAGAGAGGUACAACAGCCGGUUUCUAUGAGGUGAACUACGUUGGGGAGUCGGGAUCGGCGCACGGCCUGUACGACAUCGUGAUCGUAGCGACGCCGCUUCACCAGGGGAAAUCUGACAUCGCCUUCUCGGGCUUCUCCCCUCCAAUCCCGUCGCAUUACCCGGGGCGCUACCACCAGACGGUCGCCACGCUGGUGCACGGGCUGCUGAACGUGUCUUACCUGGGGACGGCCGAGCCGGCCUCCGAGUUCACCGUGUCCGACGUCCUCACGGUGGACUCCAAGGGCUCGGUCAUCCACAGCCUGAGCUCGCUCGACCCCGUGCACAUCCCCGAGGGCUACAAGCGACCUCCGGCCAGCCAGGCCAAAGUGUGGAAGGUGUUCUCCCCUCAGCCCCUCACUCAGGAGCAGCUGCAGAGCAUGUUCCUGUCGUACGACUCCGUCUCCGAGACCCCGUGGCUGGCUUACCCGUCUUACCGUCCGCCGCAGCGCCGGUCGCCGCCCUUCAUCCUGCACGACCGGAUGUACUACCUCAACGCCGUGGAGUGGGCGGCCAGCGCCAUGGAGAUGAGCGCCAUCUCCGCCAGGAACGCCGCCCUGCUGGCGCACCACCGCUGGCACGAGCAGGGGACGAAGGUGGACCAGGAGGAUCUGCACACCCGCCUGAGGGGAGAACUCUGAAUCAAGUGAGAACUGAAACUACUCCUGAGAACCGCGAAGCAGAGUCAAUCAGGGCCGUAACGUUUGGCGCUCAGGCGAGAUUGUUGAUUUAUGGUCCUUAAAGUGUUUUCACUACCUUCUGAAGAUCAGAUGGAGCACAGUUGGGCCGCAUGCCGCUCUGACCCUUUUUUUUUUUAACCCCUGACACCCGUUUCUAAAAAUUGAUGAGGAUUGGAGGAAAGUCAUUUUGACGUGAUAAUUCUAAUUAAUCCAUUGUAGAUGAAAAAUAUCCAAUCAAUGCAUUUCCAGUCAUUUGAUAAACUUAAUUCAGGCAUUCAGCUAGAUUUUUGUUUUAAUGAAAUUCAGUCACCAAGAUUAUCUGAUAUUGUUCAAAUCAGUAAUAAUUAGUCUGUUGCUGGUGAGGAUGCUGGGAGUGGGCCGUCGCUGCCUUAGAAAACGGUGAAAAACACUAAAAAAAAAAGAAGCUAUUUUUCUACACUACAGAUCCAUCUAGAAGAGGUUCAGUCAGAAAGCUACUUUUUCCUCAAAUUUCAUUCUUUCAUACAUUUAAAAAUGGCACAUAAACUGAACUAUCACAAUAAUGUUUAGUUUCUUUGUUUAGAACUUUAGCUUUUAAGUCAAAGCAAUAAAAUGGAACAAAAAACAAGAGUAUUAAAAAAAAAAAGUAGCAGAAUCAAAGCUU